AUGUUGGGGGAACUGAUGCUUGUUUUUAGGAAUUUCCUUGCCAUACUUGCUUCCUCGGGCACCCUGGGAGCAUUGGUGGCUUGGUUGAUAAGCUAUAAGCCAGUUUUGUUUGGGUUCCUAUUCCUUCUACUAUUGCUUAGCAACUGGCUGGUCAAGUAUGAACUCAAGCCCACCUCCUCAGAGAACUGUCAGGACAAGAUCCUUGAACGGCUUUUGUUCAGUGAACUAAAGCUGAAGGUCUUGGAAAAUCAGAUGUUCAUCAUAUGGAAUAAAUUGAAUCACCCUAAGCGAUCAAGCAGACAUCGAAAUUUCCCCACGAAGAAAGACAAAACGAGGAGGCAUGAGUCCACGUUUUCCAUCCUCUCUGAUUGUACUUCCAAUUCCCCCACCUAA